AUGUCGGACGGAGAAGAGCCCACAUCCCCUGUCGCCGCGGCCGAUGAAGUCGAAGUCUCUGGAGACGCCGGCGCCUCAUCCGGAUCCAUGUCUGUUCUUGACGCCUUGAAAGGUGUUCUCAAACUUGCCCUCAUCCACGAUGGACUGGCCAGAGGCCUGCGCGAAGCCUCCAAGGCCCUCGAUCGUCGCCAGGCCCAUAUGUGCGUGCUCAACGAGGCUUGUGAGGAGGAGGCGUACAAGAAGCUGGUUGUUGCCCUCUGCUCCGAGCACAAGAUUCCUUUGAUCAAGGUGCCCGACGGAAAGUUGUUGGGCGAAUGGGCCGGUCUCUGCGUCCUCGACCGUGAGGGCAAUGCCCGCAAAGUUGUCAACUGCUCUUGCGUCGUCGUCCGUGACUGGGGUGAGGAAAGCCAGGAGCGAAACGUCCUCUUGAACUACUUCCAGACCGAACAGUAA